GGAACAGUCCCGCACUCAUUUUACACAUGGAGAAGCCAGGUCCGCAGAGAACACAAGACUGGUCCAACAGCAGGUGGCAGGUGAUCUGAAGCUUCUAGGCCCCCAGCACCAGGAAGCCUGGCUCCUCAAUGGAGCCGCUGGAGCCCUGGCCUGGGUGUGGCCCCACAGCAGGCCAGGCGAGGCUGCACGGUGCCCGGUGCCGGUGCCGGAGCACAGUGGGCCUUUGUGCUAGGAGGGCACCACCCCCUGGCCGGCCCCACCCCGCUCGAGGGAGAGCGCUUAUCUACCCGCCCACCUCCCCACCAAAGCUCUGCCAGAUCCUCCUCGUUCUGCACUCAGAGCUGCUCCCCUACGGCGCAGCGCUGGGGCUCCUGCAAGACAGCACUGCUGCCAGACUUCACGGGUCCCCUCCCCGGGGCUGAUCAUUAACCCGGAGACCAUAUAAGGAGCGAGCGGCCUGGGCUGGAGGGACGCAUCGCGGCCGCCGUCAUGGACAGUAGCACCUGGAGCCCCGCGACCACUGCCACCGCCGAGCCCCUCAAGGCCUACGAGCGCAUCCGCAAUGCGGCCGACAUCUCUGUCAUCGUCGUCUACUUCGUGGUGGUGAUGGCUGUCGGGCUGUGGGCCAUGUUUUCCACUAAUCGUGGGACUGUUGGAGGCUUCUUCCUGGCAGGACGAAGUAUGGUGUGGUGGCCGAUUGGAGCCUCUCUGUUCGCCAGUAACAUCGGAAGCGGCCACUUUGUGGGACUGGCGGGAACGGGAGCAGCUGCAGGCAUCGCCACUGGGGGCUUUGAAUGGAACGCCCUUUUUUUGGUGGUUGUGCUGGGCUGGGUGUUUGUCCCCAUUUACAUUAAGGCAGGGGUGGUGACGAUGCCAGAGUACCUGCGGAAGCGAUUUGGAGGCAAGCGGAUCCAGGUCUACCUCUCUGUUCUGUCCCUGUUGCUGUACGUUUUCACCAAGAUCUCGGCAGACAUCUUCUCUGGGGCCAUAUUCAUCAACCUGGCCUUGGGCCUGAAUCUGUACCUGGCCAUCUUUAUCUUACUGGUAAUCACUGCCCUUUACACAAUCACAGGGGGCCUGGCGGCUGUGAUUUACACGGACACCUUGCAGACGGUGAUCAUGCUGGUGGGGUCUUUUAUCCUGACUGGGUUUGCUUUUCACGAAGUGGGAGGGUAUGAUGCCUUCAUGACGAAAUACAUGGAUGCCAUUCCAACUGUGAUUUCUGAUGGAAACACCACCAUCAGGAAAGAAUGCUACACCCCAAGGGCUGACUCCUUCCACCUCUUCCGAGAUCCUCUCAAGGGAGACCUGCCAUGGCCUGGGCUCAUCUUUGGGUUGUCCAUCCUCGCCCUGUGGUACUGGUGCACAGAUCAGGUCAUUGUGCAGCGGUGCCUCUCGGCCAAAAACAUGUCACACGUGAAGGCCGGCUGCAUCAUGUGUGGGUACCUGAAGCUGCUGCCCAUGUUCCUCAUGGUGAUGCCAGGGAUGAUCAGCCGCAUCCUAUACACAGAAAAAGUUGCCUGCACUGUCCCCUCGGAGUGUGAGAAAUAUUGCGGCACCAAGGUUGGCUGUACCAACAUCGCCUACCCGACCUUGGUGGUGGAGCUCAUGCCCAAUGGACUUAGAGGCCUGAUGCUGUCAGUCAUGUUGGCCUCUCUCAUGAGCUCCCUGACCUCCAUCUUCAACAGUGCCAGCACCCUCUUCACUAUGGACAUCUACACCAAGAUCCGGAAGAGAGCAUCUGAGAAAGAGCUCAUGAUUGCAGGAAGGUUGUUCAUGCUGGUGCUGAUUGGCAUCAGCAUUGCCUGGGUCCCCAUUGUGCAGUCAGCACAAAGUGGGCAGCUCUUUGAUUACAUCCAGUCCAUCACCAGUUACUUGGGACCACCCAUUGCAGCUGUCUUCCUGCUUGCUAUUUUCUGCAAAAGAGUCAAUGAGCAGGGAGCCUUUUGGGGACUGAUCAUUGGAUUUGUGAUUGGGGUGUCCCGUAUGAUUGCUGAGUUUGCCUAUGGAACUGGGAGCUGCAUGGAGCCCAGCAACUGUCCCACAGUUAUCUGUGGUGUACACUACUUGUACUUUGCCAUCAUCCUCUUUGUCAUUUCUCUCAUCAUCAUCCUGGCUGUCUCCCUCUUCACCAAGCCCAUUCCAGAUGUGCAUCUCUACCGCCUGUGCUGGAGCCUGCGUAACAGCAAAGAGGAGCGUAUUGACCUGGAUGCAGGAGAGGAGGACAUUCAAGAAACCCCAGAGGAGACCAUUGAAAUAGAAGUUCCUGAGGAGAAAAAAGGAUGCUUCAGGCGGGCCUAUGACCUGUUUUGUGGUCUGGACCAGCAGAAGGGCCCAAAAAUGACAAAGGAAGAGGAGGCAGCCAUGAAGCUGAAGAUGACAGACACCUCGGAGAAGCCUUUGUGGCGGACGAUAGUGAACAUCAAUGGCAUUAUCCUGCUGACUGUGGCCAUCUUCUGCCAUGCGUAUUUUGCCUGAGUCCUGCCUUCUGCUGCAGGCUGUGCUUGGGAAGGCUGGGAUCUUUAUUCUGUCUCCUUUUAAUCCCGUUCUGCAGUGUUGAAGGCACACCAGCUAGUUGUAAAUUUUGCCCAGUCGAUAAAUGUGUACAUUUGUAAUUACAGGCUAGCUAGAGAAAAAUUGCUGUUUUGCUGUUAACUUAUGUAUUUGAGGCCAGUGUGAUACAGUCAUCUGUACAUAUCGGAGCUGCAGAAGGAAAUUCCACUCAGUCUGAUGUCUAGGAAAAGGCAGACUAAGAAACAGAAGCCCCGUGAUGUAUGAUGCAAGUUUGUCUCAGGUAGAUUCAGCACGUCAACACUGUUUGUGAUCCUUGAAUAUUAAGAGUUGUGGUCUCCCUGGUUCCUACCACUUUCCCUAUCUAACUUCCCCCUUCAUUUUUUUUUUAAAAGAAAAAACUCCCCCCUCGUCAUGAUAUCCCUGUCAAGGUUUUCCUGGCACAGGAAAGAUCAAUCUAAUAAACUGAUGAACACGUUGAA